AUGCUCGGCAUGGGGAUUUUCCUGCUGAUCUGGUGGCUUUUCUCCCGGCCCGAACCGUAUAAUAGGGGUGGCUCUCACGAAAUCACCACUGGAGCGCCGCGACCGCCGUUCGAUCUUAUAAAAGCGAUCUCGGACCGCGACCACAUACAUGUCGAGUACUAUGGUUCCGCGGCCGCGCGUGAGUUUUGCGUCGCGCACGGAUAUACCGUCUUCAUACCGCGCAGCCUUUCUAGGCGCAAAGUAUACGACCUCGUCAUGAUAAACUCGGAGCUGGACUUUCUUGAGAUCCGUUUAGAUACGCUAUACGACUAUGUCGACUACUUCAUUAUUGUCGAAUCUCCAAAGACCUUCCAAGGCGGAGAGAAGCCUCUUCUACUACGAGAGAACUGGGCCAGAUUCCGUCGCUAUCACGACAAGAUGAUCUAUCACGAACUCACGUUCCCAGCCGCAUUCAACCCACGGCGCGCGUGGGACUAUGAAGAUUUACAGCGAGACGCGACGUAUGAGCAGGUUAUGGUCAAGUUACAGGGACGAAAAGCUCCGAAUCGGGGGGAUGUCAUCCUUGUAGCCGACGUCGAUGAGAUCCCUCGCCCGCAAUCUCUCCUUGUGCUCCGCUCCUGCAACUAUCCUCGCCGCCUGACGCUGGCCUCUAGGUUCUACUAUUACUCUUUCCAGAUUCUACAUACCGGACCAGAAUGGCAACACCCCCAGGCCACAUUCUACGAGGGUCCCCGCACACUAAAGCCCACCAACCUACGCAACGGUGAUGGCGGCUUCCCCUUAUUCCGUCACCGAGAAAAGGGGGUGCUAAACAACGCGGCGUGGCAUUGCAGCAGCUGCUUCGCCACGAUAGAGGAGUUCCUCAACAAAAUUUCUAGCUUUUCCCACGGAUGGAUGAAUGCCGAGCAAUAUAGGGAUAGGGACAGGAUCGCUACCGCAGUGAGGGAAGGGAGGGAUUUGUGGGAAAGGGGGCAGGAUACGUUCACCAAGCUCGAGGGGAACGAGGACGUGCCUCCGCUGGUGCUAGCGGAGCCAGAGCGAUUCGGAUAUAUGAUGAGUCGGGACGGCCCGUCGGCAGGGUUCACGGACUAUCCAUAA